AUGAACGAUACUAAAGCCAGACAAUAUGCGCACCUGUCACAACAAUUGAAAGCGCUUCAGGCCAAUUUGGCUCAAACCAGUAGACAAAUGGAGACGAUGUCUCGUCAAUGUAACGAGCACUUGGUGGGCCAGCUAGGGAAAGUACACGCUGCUUGGUUUAUUGGGGGAAACAGGUGCUUUGAGGAGGAAAUGCUAGGAAAACGAUGA